AUGAAUGAAAAUGAUAUACUUAAUGAAUAUAGAAGGGGAUCGUUAAGUUCAACCAAUCAAACCGUAGAUACUCCGACAUAUGAGGAGAUGGAUUGGGAUGCAUUCCAAUAAUUGCUGAUAUCUGAGAGAGUGGAAGUAAAGAGGAAGAAAAUAAUAAUAAACAGGGAGGUGGUAAUUUCUUAGGUGUUGAAAUUGGUUGGGAUUGAUUCUGUGAUUCAAUUUAAGGGAGGGAGUUUGUUGUUUGAGGGGAUGUCAAUAGAUUCUAUUUUUGAUGAGGAAUGUAGUAUUCAAGGAUUUCAAAUAGAAGUUUAGCAAAUGUCACCUUGCAUCAAAGUGCAUUGCAGAAACAUGAUGAUUAUGGCAUGCAGUGUUGAGAACUUCCAAAAUAAAGGGACGUUUAUCCAAUUUGAUAACUCCUUAAUCAUAAAUGACACAAAAUUUAAUGGAUUCUAGGUGUUGUUUGCUUGUGAGGGCAAUGGGACAAUAUUGAGUAUAAAUCAUUCCAUAAUACAGAGUGAUUGUCAACAACAACAGUCAGUUUUGAUUCAUGCGAACAAUCUGAGAGAAUUUUAGAUAGAAAUUAUAAAUUCAAUCAUCGAAGGCAGUUCAGUCAUCAUAACAAAUAGUAGGAAUGUGGAAGUCAGAAUUAUAGACAACGAGUUUAAAAAUCAAUAAACUUCGAUUUCUAUUGAAAAUAUCUAGAAUAAAUCAAUAGUAAUAGAAAAGAAUGUCUUUUUCCGAUCUACCGAUUAUGCAAUAAGAAUGAACAACAUCGUAGUGGACAGAUUACAACUCUUUAAGAAUACAAUCACUAAAUGCCGAAUUGGCCUAUUUAUGUCCAAUGUGGUUGAAAUCUGUUAAUUAGUACAGCUGAUCAAACCAAUCUCACUCAAACAGAAUGUAAUGUCUAGCAUGGAACAAACAGCCAUAAUCAUACGAGAAGUGGUCUGCAUGGAAAUAGAUGAAAUCAAUAUUCAAGACAACACUAUUGGAAUGGACAUCGACAUCAGCACUUCCAAAAUGCCAGAUCAAAAUGCUGUCAACCCAUUCAUCAUUACAAUUAAAAACUCCACUAUCAGUUCCAAUCGUAUACAUGGCAUUUUCCUCAGCAGCAAUUUAUUAUUUAAUCCCAUCAACCUUCAAAUUUCAAAGAGUGCCUUCUUCUCCAAUUGUAAUGCCUUGAAUCUCUCCCAUCAAGGAGAACCCAAUGAUAAAAGUAAGCCUGAAUUUAUUAAAUAGGAUUCAAGGUCAAUAUAAAUAGUUGCCAAUUCCAAGACAAUCGCUUUUGCAACUCUAACCAAAAUUACGAACUUCUUCUCACCAAUACUAACAUUGUAGUAAUUAAAUCUAAUAAUUUGA